AUGAGCACCGUUAUCUAUGAGAUCUACGGCGAGCGGUCCGAGACGUAUGCUAACCUGGCCGGUCUGACAGUUCUAGUAUUUGACUAUUGUAUCACCUUCAGCGAGGAAGCAGAUUUGGUAUGGGGGCGACGAUGGGACACUGGACGAUUCAUCUUCCUGUUGGCCCGAUAUCUUCCUUUUCCUGGGUUGGCCUUGACCAACUACGCCGCGAUUCAGGCAGUCAAUCUAAAGCAGUGUAAUGGUACAGGCAGCAACGGUCUUGCAUCAAACGUACUUCAUAUAAUCAGCAUACUCGCAGCUGAAGGUGGAAUCAUUUAG